GACUCUUACCAGACGCACUUAUCAUCUGUUGAGGCUGUCGUGAGAGACAUCAAAACCAACCUUCUAUCCGUCAUCCCUUGAAACAGAAUGACACUCAUCAACAUAUUCAUCACAUCAGACCCAGUCUGCCCGUGGUGCUACGUCGGCUACCGCCGCCUCACCAAGGCAAUCCGCCUCUACCGGAACACCUACCCCGGCGGCAGUCAAGACGCCAUCCGCAUCACCUGGAAACCGUACAUUCUGGACGCCAACGCCCCGAUGGAGAGCAUUCCUUACAUGGAGCGAAUGACUCAAAAGCUUGGCCCGGAGAAGGUCCCCCAGGCGCAAGCCCACCUCCAACGCCUGGGCCGCGCCGACGGGAUUCACUUCCGCUUCGGCGGGUGCAUCGGAAGCACCACCCCCGCGCACCAGGUUAUCAUGCUCAGUGCGCUGCAGGACAAGUUUCAUCCCUUAGAUACCGCGGUGGCCGGGUCGGAUCCCGGUGCCGGGACGGCGGGGCUCGUGGAGGCGAUCUUCGAAGCGCAUUUUGAGCGGGAGCAGGAUAUCACGGAUGUGAAGACGUUGGUUCGAUUGGCUGGGCAGGCGGGGAUGGAUGAAAGAGUGGUCCGCGCGUGGUUGGAGGAAGGGCGCGGGGUGGCGGAGAUUCAGCAGGAGGCGCAGAGGGCAAGGGAGGAGGGAGUCGUUGGGGUACCGUAUUUUCAGUUCGGAGAGGGGGAGCGGAUGCGCACGCUGAGCGGGGGGCAGGAGGUUUCGGAGUUCCUGGAGGCGUUGGUUGCGUAUAAGGAGGGAUUGGGCGCGACGGAUGCUUCUGGUGAUGUGCAGGGAGUAGCGUGCGCUAGGGAUACUUGCUGAUGUUCAUCGAUGGAAGCAAGAUUGAGAAGCGUGAAGGAUUGUGGGGCUGUUGUUGGUGCAUGGAGGAUAUGUGUUGAUUUCUGAUUUGCGUCUGGACGGAAAAGGUCGCGGUCUGGAACGGUUCUGCGGAUGCAAGAGGUUGCAGAAGUUCAUGGUUAAUGUCCACAUUAUCUGGUUUGAGGACUCUUGUGUGAGAUGCACUACUGGCCUGCCAAUAUAGCAAGACUAUUGGAC